AUCUAUGCUCACAGCAGCACCACUUUUUUUUAGUCUUCUUGGUCCUCUGCUGAAGACGUCGUCACUCUUGUUUGGGAUCACCGGAGGAGCCUUUGGAGGACUAGCACACGGGGAGUACUUUAGGGUUGAGAAAGAGCACGAUGAACAAGACUACAAAGAUCAUUCCACGAUCACCAGUACCAUUAUGAUGGAUCAAUGCUGGGUAUGAGUACAAGGUAAAUAGUAACAAGUACUGUAGUGAUCUUCUACUAGUAACGUACUAGGCACUGCAGUGAUCUUCGAAUAUAGAAGUUCACGUUGGUACUAACGUUCGUUCACCUCGAAGGUCGAGUGAGGAAUCCACUUAGUAUUCAUGUUCGUUGGCAAUUACGCAUCGUCCCAGCGGUAGGCUAGUAUUAAGGGUAAGACUUGAUCGACGUGACUAAGACCCUGACAGCUCCGAGGGGAAGUUCUGGGCUAACUUAUAUUCAGACUCAUACUCGAACUAGGUUCCUACUGUUGUAACAAGAGGCUCAUGGCAGGCACUCCUGCAAUUUGGUGAAUGGGUUGCAUUCUCUUUGUGCUCUAAUUGACUCACAAACACGACUACCCUGACGAGUACCACUGCCACGAGUACAACUGUCACAAUCACAUCUCGCGGCCACAUCGCUGGCAGUAUUUCUGACGAUGAAGAUGGUGGAGAAUUACGCAUGAGGUUGCGAUUAAACUCCGAAGACGUCUCAAAACUGUCAGGCGAUAUUGGCCUACAGAUGAUUCUGGCAAUGCAAAAAAGCCUGAACAUUUAUGCGGCCGAUAUGAAGAAAGCAGCAACCGAGACGGCUGAGGCAAGCGAGACGCCUGAGGCAGGAGAUGCUACAGAAGCUUCUGCAGAUGACGCAUCAUCUUCAGUCACGAGUGAAGUUGGCAAUACAGACGUGAGUACUAGUACAGGAGGUGAGCCGGCAAAAGUAGUAGAAGUUGCGUCAGACGGCAGUAUGUUCUUCGUCUAUGACGGUGCACAAGUGUCAAAAAUAGUCUACGGCAAUCCCGAAGCUGCGCCAGGAAUAUUCUCCUCGUCGUCCUCGGUGGAAGUGGGCGAUGGCAAAAAGUUACUUGGGGAAGUAGAUGAUCAUAGGAGGCAAAAAGUUACUUACACGAAUGAUGAUGACCAGGCUUUCUUGAUAGAGGCCAGUAGUACGACCACAGGAAGCAGAUCUACUACACCCAGAAGACUCGUCCACUACGACCUUGUUCUAGAAGACGAGAACACCAUAGAAGAAAGAAACCAGCAUAGAAUGUUCAAAGAAGAAAGAAACCAUGGAGUCAUGAGAAGAAGUGGUCUAGACGAGACCACCAUAGAAGCAAGAAGUGGAAGAAGAGUUUCUCCAAAAUUGCACCGCCAUCACCUGCUAGAGCACGAGAGGAGGAGUGCGAGAGGCCUAGUGACCUUCGACGGGAUGGAGGAAUUUUCAGUAGUGCUCACGGCUCCCGGUGGAAAAGGUGCAGAAGAAAGGCUUGCGGUGAACGACAUCGUUCAAGAACCAAAGAUCUUUGAGUUAUGUGUAGUUCAGUUGUGUGUGUAGUGUAGUUCUUCGUCAUAUUUUAAUAAUCUGAAAUUUCUAAAUCUGAGUUAGACGGAGUUCGCGUGUAAUCAAGACAUCAUUUUUAAAUGACUACUAUCAUGAUACUCUGCUCUCUAGACAUCUUUAUGUCACACUCAAAAGAUCAACAUCAUGCUUCUAAGUCGCUACCUAAACAGGGAGCUUUACGAUGUCGCGUUUGAAAAGGGGGACAUUGAUCCGGAGACGGAAGCGAUGCAGAUUGAUGCAACUGGAGUCCCUACUGUUGACGAAAUAGAAAAGGAUACCAUUCCUGAUACUGGAGUUGGAUUCAUUGUCCCACUCGACGGAGCUGAAGCAGAUGGUGAAGGUUCUAGUGGAAGCGACAGCAGUGGUAUAGCAGCUAAGGAGGACAACAGUGAGGCGGCAGAUGCAAGCGAAGCAACGAACACUAAGAAGGACAAAAGCGAAGCAACGAACACUAAGAAGGACAAAAGCGAAGCAACGGACGCUGAGGAGGACAAAAGCGAAGCAACGGACGCUACAACAACUGAAGCACCAGAUGCGAAAGUAGGUGGAGAUCAAGAGGCUACACCGCAAGCAGCAGAGGCAGAGAAAAAUUCUACCAACAAAAGUGAUAUUUCGGUUUCGGUUAGUACAACCAACAAGAGUGAAGCAAAUUCGACUAACACCACAAGUGAGAAGAACUCUACUUCAGCAUUGUCGCUGCCACAAGAUAAUGGUGAUCUACGAUCUGCGACUUCAUUUCUGGAGAUGCAAGAUGGUCAUAGUAAGAAAACCACCAGACGAGCAGGAGCAAGCACCACCUCUUCUGCAAGUGAGAAAACCACCAGACGAACUACGAUACAUCCAGCAAGAACUCCGCAACUGCUUGACCAGAGAAGAGCUAGAGCCGGAACAGGAACAUCGUCAAGAAUAGCAGUAUUAAGGGUUUCCGAAUUACAUUCCCCACUACCAUCCUUGGCCCGUUUCCUAGUAGAGACGAGGCCAGGAAUUUGUUCUGAAGAGUGUAAUUCAGGCCAGGAAUUUGUUCUGAAGAGUGUAGAAAUUUUUCCGUAACCUCUAACAGUAGCAAAGUACAUGGACUUGACUCCGCGGACUCGCGUCUACAUCGGAGAAAAGGACUUCGAUUCUGCUCUCGGACUCGUAGCAGGUGCGCUGCGACAGCCACCUGCGGAAGAAAAGAAACAACUGCGCUAUAUUUAAGGGUAGAAGGCUAGAUGUGGUCUUGUUCGUCUGGGAAGUCUUAGGCAGACUGCCGAGUAGAUUCGCGUCAUCAAAGGCGUUCUUGUUAGCGUUCGUUUUGCCUUCCUGAAGGGGAAAGGCAUAACGAACGGGGUACCCUGUUAUCGCGUUCGUUUUGCCUCUGGCCCUGAAUUGCUACCAGGAUUAGUCUCUAUGGGCACUAUGGACAGUGUCAUCAGGGGCACAUACAUGACAUCCUGAAGGGGGAAAGGCAUAACGAACGGAGUAAACGAACACCAAAAACUUACCUCCAAUAUAUGACAGCCACAGAAGUCGCUGAGUUCCAAAAGUUGGCCACAUUACGUCGUCAAGAAGUCUCCGACUGGCUAGACUCCGAGCGAAACUCGGUCUUUUUCUUAGUCACUUUGGUCUUGUUAGGCGUUGGAGUCGUGAUUUUUGCACAGACUGUCCAAGCUAUUCGAGUGUUGAGGCCUUGCAAGGUCGUGGAGGGGGAGGACGAGGAACACUACGAAGUAGAGGAAGGAACGACCACUGGAGGAGGAGCAGGACGAAAGCGUAAUGCUGUAUAUGAGCGUGAAGCUGGAUCUGGAGGAAACCAGGUUGCUAAGCGAAAACAGGAGGCUCCACCCGCGGAUGACACGAGUUCUGAAGAGGCAGCCGAAGACGAUUCAGACGAGUAAUGGAAGGCUUUUCCCUUCGGAUGUGAAUGCAGUUCAUCCCACUCGGUUAAGUACUUUUAACACACAGGCUUCCAAAGGCGAAGGUGAUCUGACACACAUCAAUCUACUCUUUUUCAAAAAUCGACGAAGUUCGGAAGAAUCUGACACACAAUUUACCUAUGAGUUUAUAACUACUUGAAGGUCCUGACCUUGACUUACCGAAAUUAGAAAUGACAUAUCGAAAUUAAAAUUGGUUUUUUUACUCAGAUACUUACUGGCAGACGGCGUUGACUAGUUUUUAUCACAUGGUAUCCCUGACUCACUCACUGAACAAAGUGAUCCAUUGAUGGGGGUGUAUAUCAUCAAGGUCAGAAUUUUGUGCGAGUAAAAAUCCUUGUAAAAUCUCAUGACACAAUCGGUGAAGUGCUCACAUCAAUCCGUGUACAAUUUCAAGCUUUCGUGGUGGUUGGAGCGCCAGCCAGCUCAGUGAAAAACUUGACUUUGGAAAACGGCUUCGAACUGUAGUCGUCAGCGUAUCUGCAAUUUGACGGUGAUCAAGUGGGUCAGAGGACCUUCUACUUCGAAAAUAUGUGUGGGCACUGCCAGCUCCAC